AUGAGGGAGUCCUUAGAGGCCCUCAGCCCCCUGGGGUUCUGUGUGGGACAGUCCGCGACGGCCUCCCAGAGUGAGUCUGGGCCACAGUCCUGUGAUGUUCAGAAGCAGAUGGCUUCUGACAGGAAAGAGAGAGGGCUGGGUGCAUGCUCAGGGCAUGAGGCUCCCAGACCUGAGCAGAGUGCCCACACGGAACAAGGAGAGCCUCUUUGCGGAGGAAUGUGGGUGAGCAUGCCGUCGAAGAUUGAGUCUGAGGGCACCUGCCCAGGGGAUGAAUGGAUGGUUCGGAAGGUGAAGGUGGAAGAUGAGGAUCCGGAGGCCGAAGCCCAGGUCGAAUGGCCGCAGCAUCUGCCCUUCCUCCCCAGCUCUCUCCCUGCGCCCGACCUGGGACCUCUGGCGGCCACGUAUAAGCCAGAGCCACGGGUGCCGGGUGGGUUCGAGCUGCCUGGGUGGGCUCCGGCCUUAGAGAAACCCUUCGGCUGUGGGGAGUGCGAGCGGCGCUUCCGGGACAGGCUGACUUUGAGGUUACACCAGCGGUUGCACAGAGGCGAGGGUCCGCGCGCCUGCUCCGACUGUGGCCGCAGCUUCGCACAGCGAGCGCAUCUGCUGUUGCACCAGCGCAGCCACCGCGGCGAGCGGCCCUUCCCCUGCUCCGAGUGCGAUAAGCGCUUCAGCAAGAAGGCCCACCUGACCCGCCACCUCCGCACGCACACGGGUGAGCGGCCCUAUCCAUGCUCCGAGUGCGGAAAGUGUUUCAGCCAGAAGAUCCACCUGGGGUCGCACCAGAAGACGCACACGGGCGAGCGGCCCUUCCCCUGCGCCGAGUGCGACAAGCGCUUCCGCAAGAAGACGCAUCUGAUCCGUCACCAGCGCAUCCACACAGGCGAGCGGCCCUACCCGUGCGCGCGCUGCUCCCGCACCUUUACGCACCGGCAACACUUGGCUCGGCACCAGCGCGUGCACGAGGCUCAGCCCCCAGCGCCCGCCUCACCCAGCCUCCUCAACGACUCCGACUGCGCCCUGAACUUGGGCAGCGAGAGCCGUGACAUGUACCAGGGUCUACACCGCGCUGAGCCCCACACCGAGCCCGCGCCCUUGGCCCGCGAGUGGCCCUUCGCCUGUCCAGACUGCGGGCGUGGCUUCGCCCAUGGACAGCACCUGGCACGGCACCGGCGGGUGCACACGGGCGAGCGGCCCUUCGCUUGCUCUCAGUGCGGACGCCGCUUCGGCUCGCGACCCAACCUAGCGGCCCACGCCAGAGCCCACAGCGGCGCCAGGCCGUUCCCCUGCUCACAGUGCGGCCGCCGUUUCAGCCGCAAGUCGCACCUGAGCCGCCACCAGGCGGUGCACACGGGCAGCCGGCCCCACUCCUGCGCUGUCUGCGCCCGCAGCUUUACUUCUAAAACCAAUCUAGUUCGCCAUCAGGCCAUCCACACGGGCGUCCGCCCCUUCUCCUGUGCGCAGUGCGGCAAGAGCUUCAGCCGGAAGACACACCUGGAGCGGCACCAGCGUGUCCACUCGGUGGAGGCCAGCCAUGCGGCCUGGCACAGUUGCCAACUCUGGCAGCUGGACCAUCUGAUGAUGGAGGGCGGUCGCCCUGACGUCAUCUUCCUCACAGUCACGUGCUCUGACAGACGUUGGACGUCUGGGUGGGAGAGUUGGCGCCACCUGUCGGGCAGUGAAGAGGAAGAGGCAGUGCACCGCAUGUUAGAGCUGAAUGAAUGA